UGUAGAGUUCUUCCGCUCGGGUCAGGAAGGAUGGACCGACUCCACCGACCCUCGCUACUCAGUGUCCUUCCUGAACCUGGGGAAGGUUACAGGAAAUGACUCGUACAUUCAGGGUUGUGCGUUCCACGACGGCUUCUCUCCGGCCAUCGGAGUCUUUGAGACAGAGGAGCUGAACGUUGACGAUAACAUCGUCCACCACACGGUCGGAGAAGCAAUCAGAAUCUGGGGGAAUAAGAUAACAGUGAGGAGGAACCUGGUGACCAUGUCGCUGUGGCCCGGAUCCUACCAGGACCGAGAGGAGCCCUUCAACUUCGAAUGGAGCGCCGCCAUCGAGGUCAACAAGGGGACAAAUGUCGUGCUGCAGUACAACAUCGUGGCGGGUUACGAGAGGGUGGCGUACCGCAUCGACGGGGAACCGUGUCCAGGAAACGUGAAUGACAAUGAGAAGUGGCUUCACAAUGAGGCUCACGGCGGUUUGUACGGAGUUUAUCUGAACAAAGACGGUCUGCCCGGCUGCAGCUUCAUCCAGGGCUUCUUCAUCUGGAGGAGCUAUGACUACGCCAUCUACUUCCAGACCAUCAUGAAUGUCGUUAUUUCCAACGUGACCCUGGUGGACAACGGGAUGGGCAUCAUGCCGCUCAUCUUUGCUCCUCCCUCCGUCUCCCACGUGUACGCAGAUAAAAUGGCCCAAGUCCAGAAUGCUUUGAUUGUCGGGAGCAGCCCGAACUUCAACUGCUCGGACACUUUGCCCAUCAGUGACUACAACAUCGCCAACAGUGAAUCACAUCGAGCUCCCAGGCCUCUCAAAGGUGGAAGAUCUGGAGUCUGUUGGCCAACGUUUGGAUCUUCACACAACAAAGCUCCACUGAAGCCGCACGACAUCAACAACAACUACAACGCCAUCAAAGGGCUGAUGACGGUCAAAGACUCAAUGUUUGUCAAUUUCCGAAACGUCUGCUCCGGUGAGACGAACUUCAUGUUCAUGACCAACCCGAACAACGAGGACCUGCAGCACCCGGUGCAGGUUUCAGGGAUUCAGAUGAUUGACAGCACAGAGAACGCCAAGGUUUUCAUUCACAGGGCAAAUCUCGGUAAAGUGAACCCCUCGGACUGUGUGGACAUGGAGUGCGAUGCCAAGAAGAAGAGCCUGCUGAAGGACCUGGACGGCUCGUUCCUGGGGAAGGUGGGAGCCGUGGUGCCUCACUCUGAGUUUGCGUGGGGAGGGGAUCCCCGAAGAGGACUGGGUGACUACCGCAUCCCCACGGUCAUGCUCACGUACCUCAACGGCAGCCGCAUCCCUGUGAACCAGAUCGCUCCCAACAAAGGUGUCAUGAGGAAAGACUGUGAGUACAUGAGCACCUGGCAGAGCUACAAGUGUUCAGGGCUGAACUACAAGAUGCUGGUGAUUGAGAGUCUUGACGCCGACACAGAGACCAGACGUCUGUCCCCCGUCGCCGUGCUCGGAGGCGGAUAUCUGGAUCUCCUCAACGGCCCUCAGGAUCAGGGCUGGUGUUCUGGCUACACCUGCCAGAAGAGAGUGUCGCUCUUCCACAGCAUCGUGGCCACUGGUCACUCCUUCGACGUCUUCUUCUCCAGCGUCAGCCCCCAGAAGCUUCGCCUCAUGUUGCUCAACGCAGAUCCAACCGAGAGCGUCCUGGUGUCAGUCUUCUACUCCAAACCUCAGCGCUUGGAUGUGUACGUCGACAACAAGCUCGUGGCUCCAACUAACGCCAAGUGGAACGCUGAAAACACCGACUACACCCUGAAGAAACCCAUCUCGGCAGGUCAAUACGUCCCUCAGCUCAACGCCACCGAAGGCUCCAACUACUUUGACGCAGAUUACAAGAUGCUGAAGGUCGUACUGAAAGGCUCCAAACCGGCUGAGAUCCGAACUUCCCCGGUUCUCUUCCUCUCCUUCGAGCUGCCCGCCAUUACUAAUGACGAGUUCUUCGGAGACAGUCUGAUCCAGAACCUCGCCACCUUCCUCAAAGUUCCUCCAAACAUGAUCCGGAUCACAAACAUCAUCCGAGAGGGCUCCCGGCGCAGGAAGAGGUCAACUGGCCUGAAGGUGGAGGUGGAGAUCAGGAAACCUCCUGUCCAACAAACCACCAACAGCACCAAUGAUGAGGAGGACUUUAAGCUGCUGAAGAACAUCGCUGAUGAUAUCGGCCAAGCUGCAGUUUCCGGAAACCUCAGUGGGUCCAUCGGCUUUAACGUCUCCUCGGUGGGCGUCGUCCCUCCUCCGCCUCCAUCAUCUGACCCCGACUGGAAUAAGGAGGCCACAAAGGAAGUGACGAGGAAAGAGCCUGAGGUGAGUUACGUGUCCACCGUCAACGACCUGCUCCUGAUGAUGGACCCGAUCGCCAGGCAGUUCGUGGGUCGUCUGCUCCAGCAGCCCAGUCUGAUGGCCGUGGACGAGGAGGGAAACUGUAUCUCUGUGGGAGUGACGACUCUCAGCGUUACAGCCAGUCUGAAGAACGCAAGUGGAAACAGGGUGGACGGACUUGAAGGCAACACCACAAUCCUGUUCAGCUCCUGCUGGGCCAACUUCACCGACCUGUCCAUCGUCAACAGCGGCGAGAACCUGACGAUGGUCUUCACCCUGAAGGAGUGGGGCGCUCAGUCACGUGCCUUCUCUGUCAAGGAAACUCCGACCACUCAGACCCCGACAGUCAGCAACAACGCCACCACGCCAACAACCGGCACCACAACAACCGGCAGCACAACAACCGAACAGACCACCACAGACGGCAGCAUCUUCAGCUCCAGCCCCACCGUGUCUGCCGGCAGCCUGUGCCUGGUCAGCGUCAUCUACGCCGUGGCGUGCUGCUCCGAGGGGACGCCCAUAUGUUAGAGAGAGAGAGAGAGAGAGGGCUGCUCAGCUAACAGGGUUUGAUGAAGGGAAACUCACUUUAACAUGAAGAUGUUUUCUUUUUUUAUAAUGAGAUUUAAACAGAAUGAUCACAUGAUUGGUUGACGUGAGGUAAAAUCUAAAAUUUAGGGGUAAACAAGCAAAUAUGAAGGCAUCUUUAUUUUUUAUCUGUACCUGACAAUCCUUAUUUUGUUACCUGUUUUUUUAAGGGGGGGUGAUUUCUCUUCAGUAUAUAUGAGUGUGUGUUUUAUGUGACAAAAAAAAAAAAAGGUGUAAGAUCCAUAUAACGUUUCUCUUUUAAAACAAGUGCAAUAGUUCUGACCUGAGUCACAAACAAGCUGAAGGAAGACGUGAAGUCUGCAUUUUG